AUUAGUUCUGGCACAGAGCACAGCUCAGCCCUGUAACAGCAAUGAUGAAAUGCUUCAACCUGAUUUUGCUUGUUAGCCUGUCAUUUAUCAAGAAUUCAGCAGCAGCAGGUAACUGGUGCUAUGAAAUCCAGGGAUGUGCAGGCACAGGACCCAGGCUUUGGAGCAAACAUUUUCCGUUCUGUGGAGGACAACAGCAAUCGCCAAUAAAUAUUCACACCAAAGGUGCUGUUUUUAAGGAAUCACUGAAGUUAGUUCAGUUUAACUUGACAGGCUAUGGUGACAUUGUACGGAAACUGAGUAUUACAAAUAAUGGCCAUUCUGCCCAAGUAAACCUGCCAUCAGGUAUUGAAAUUUCAGGAGGUGGACUUUCAGGAACUUAUGUUGCAACACAGUUUCAUUUCCAUUGGGGCAGUGAAGAAUUUCAUGGAUCUGAACAUACCAUAGAUGGUGAAAAAUUUCCAAUGGAGCUUCACAUAGUUCACGCAAGAAAAAAUGCCACCGGUGGCAGUGGGGAUCUGGCUGUUCUUGGAUUCUUUUAUGAAGAAACUUCAAAGAAUAAUACAGAGUAUGAUUCGCUAAUUAAAUCCAUAGAAGCCAUCACUGCUGUAGAUGGAAUUAAAAAUUUCUCAGCUAACUUGGCAAAACUGAUUCCACAAAAUGAAGCACUCAAGCUUUACUACAGGUACAAUGGGUCACUCACCACUCCGCCAUGCACCGAGACAGUCACUUGGACUUUAUUCAAUACAACUAUUAAACUGAGCAAACAGCAGCUUCAGGCUUUCCAUCACAACCUAAAUUUUACAGCGAUCGAACGAAUGGUGGAAAAUUUCAGGCCUGUGCAGAAACGGGGAAAUAGGAUUGUUUACACCUCAAGCAGCCAAGUGAUAGUGUCCUCUUUCCAGUCUUUGUUUAUCUGCUUUAUAGUUUCUUUCCUUACAAUAAUGUCAUAACCAAUGAACUGAAGUUACUGUCCGUAAACUAAAUAUUUCUCUUGGAAUUCACACAAGCAUUUAAUAUUUUAUCCCAUUGUAUAAAAAAUGGUUUACAAAAACUUUUUGGUGUUCAUCCUGGAAUAUUACUGUAACAAUGGAAAUGUUUUCUAAAUCAUAAAUAAUCUAGGAUGUGAUUCUUAAGAACAAUACAAACGUUUAAACAUUCUAAUUUAUUUUGCCUUCUGCAUAAAAAAAAGUUUUCAGAUAUUAUUUAAUUAAUAUUUAAUGUCAUUUAUUGAAAACAGUAAACAUUUUUCAUUUUUAAAAAAGAAAAUCAUCAGCAUUAUAUAGAGUAUUGAUUGCUAUGAACACACUUGUAUUACUAAACAUUACCUAACAACAGGGCAGGGUGCAAAGUGCAAAUACAGGGGCAAGCCAUCUUUUCUUUUUUGCAUUUGUACCUUGACCAGCCAUCGGUGGCUGUGAGUCCCUGUACUUGAAUGGAGGAGGCAUGAAUGUGUUCCCUUUCCCACACCCUACUUGUCCCCUAACUUAAGAAGGUGAUGUCCUCUAAUUCUCACCCCUGGUUUAAACCAGGUGAAAUGCAUGGUGCCGCAAAAGCCUGGAUGGAAGUGAUUUUUUUAAUGACCCCUUUGGUGAUUCAUUUCAUAUUCAGUAAACACUGGAGUGCAAUGUUUGCAUUGCAUGUUUGUUAAGUAAAAUAUGAAAAUAAAAAAUAGAUGCAGUCACAGAUAUGUUUCAGAAAAAAUAGAAGCUAUUUUAAAUAAUCUUUUUAUUUCUAUUAUUUAUUUCAAUUAGUAGUAGUGUGGCGGCCUACUCUGCUCGCCAAGACCAGUAUCAUACUCACUGCAUUUAUGUUUAUCAGUCAAUACAUGCGUUAUGGCAUGGGAACAAAGUACCCUAAAUGAUGGCUGUGUUUAGCAGGCAAAACAAUUGUGCCACUAGAUUUAUGCAUGUUGUUAUGGAGCCAGCCUAAAUAUUUACUCUGGCUAUCCAUUUCUCAUUGUUUAUUGGAAAUAUGAAUACAGUAGCUAGAUGAAUAAAAAAAAUUGUAUACAUCAUAUAGUUACCCCAUGCAAACCUUACAAGCUAUGCAGAUAUUAUAUUACGUAGCCUAUUACCAAACUGAAAUAUAGAUAUCAAUAAAUAUUGCCAUUUUACACCUUUUCCUUUGAGCCAUUUUGUGAUGGUCUGGGUGCUGCCUCAGAGAUCACCUGGGCAGUAAUACUGCAGCUCUAAUUGUAACAGGAAGAAGUGUGGGAGUAAAAGGUAGAUGUUUGUCAAUUAAUUGGCUCAUGUGAACUAAUGUAUGGUUUUAGUUCUUAAAAUGAGAAUUUUAUAUUUAGGAUCAGUGGCUCCAAAAAAGUAUAUUUUAUAAAAAUGGUUUAUUUAGCUGAAGCAAAACUUUACAUAUGAGCUGUUUUAUAUUAUAUAUUUUUUAUAGAGACCUACAGUACAUUGUUUGGGGGGUAGAGUCUUCCUUUAACCUUAGCCUUCCUGAGACCAGGGAUUGAGACUGGAUACUUAAUAAUGGCUUGUUUUUAGUAAGAAUAAAAGCUACAAAAGCAAGGCAUGAGAAGAUACAUGUUAUGCUGCAUAAGUAAUUUUAUACCCGUUGGUAUUAUACAUUUAAUUUAAUUGGAAGCAGCAUUGAUAUUUAUUGGACAAACUGUGUGUCUUGGUAUUUUGCAGCUCCAUGUAAGACUAUGUAAAUAUGCCCUUGCACAUGUUUUGCACUUUGCCUCACUGCCCUAUAAAUGAGUUCUAACAUAGAGGAACAGGCACAAAUAGGGUAGAGCACCGACAAGGUUCUUUACAGUUCUUCAUGCAAAGCAACACUUAUGCAUUUAUGUAGAUUAGCAGCCCUAGUCCUCACAUACAUACAGGUAAUAGUAAUAGACGUGACAUGCUCAGGAUCAAAAGCAAACUAACUGAACAAUAAUGUCCAAGUUGUAUUCUGGCUAUUAUGUUAUUAUAUCCUUUCACACCAGCCUUUAUAAAUCAUAUUUUUUUGCUAAAUAACUAUAUUGAAAGCAUUUUUAUUUUGCACAUGCUGUCUAUUUUUGUUUUUUACAUUGAACUGUUCCUUUGAAACAGCUGAACUCCCACAGACUAUGGACAUAACUCCAUAUGAGUGUUUUCCCUCCCAUUCAACAUCUCUGGUCCAUCUGCUUUUGACUUUUAGUAGAGUUUACUUAAUUUUGUAAUAGUAACCGCCAUUGUACUGUUUUUAAAAUGUGUAUUAGAUUAUGUUUAUGCAGAUUGAACUAGGGAAUGCCUUCUCCUGUUGAAUAUUGAUGCAAUAAGUUUUUUUUGCUACAAUGUUGAUAUCUGAAUAGCUACCUCUGCUAAAUGACCUCAUUUAUUACAUAUGUAUAGAAAAAA